CGUAAAGAAGGGAAGCAAAAUAAUAUGUUAAUGUGGAGAGACUUGAUAUUGAGGAGUGAUCAGUAAAACUGUUCUGAAUAAUUAAAGUAAAUAAUAAUAAUAAUUUUUAGCUUCUUAUAAUUUAUAUGAACCAGAUUUAGCGAUGGAAAAUAACAAACCUAAAGAAGAUAAUGUAAAUAAAACAAAAUGUGAAAUAUGGAAAAGGAGGACGUCAUUGGAGAAAUAUCUUGUCCUAAUUGUCAUUACAAUUUUCAUUUUAUUCCUUAUUUUUAUUGUCCUAUUUCUUCAUAUUAAAAUGAAAUAUGAUCGUAGAGAAUCAGUUUGUCUAACACCAGUUUGCAAAGAAGAAGCGGGUAGAAUAUUGCAACUGUUGGAUUUUACUAUUGAUCCCUGUGAAAAUUUCUAUAAUUUUGCAUGUGGAAAUUUUAUGAAAUACAGAAAACGAAUGGCUACUUCAAACCAUUAUUAUCAUUUAGAUGGAUAUAUGAAUUCUUUGGCUAAAGAGGUAUUAGAAAAACCAGAAAAAAAGAAUGAACCCGAAUUUGUUAAAAAGUUGAAAAUGUAUUAUCAGUCUUGCUUGAACAGAAAUUCUUCUAUACAAGAAUCAUUUGAAUAUUUUCUAAAAGAGUUGAAACUCAAAGAGUGGAAUCUUGUUAAUCAAGAACUGUUUACAUUGGAAGAAUUAAUGGCAAAAACCAGUAUCUACCGUUGGUCGUUUUUUUCUAUCUACUCUAUAUAUAAAGGUCAUUUUUUAAAAUUUAUUAAGAUCAAUAAAGGUUAUACUAUCGUUGGCAAUUUUAAAUCAUUGAAUACAUCAAAUGAAGAAGAUUUGCUUAAAGUUAAGAAUUGGUAUAUGCUUUUGUCUCAGAUCAUAUUUUCUGUACUUAAGUUGAAAGAAAACAAUAAGGAAAAAUUAAUUGAAAAAAUGAUUGAUUUACAAAUAUCUUUAAGCGAUAUACUACAGAAGGAAAGGAAAGAUAAUUUCACAAAGCUAACUAUUUCACAAUUAGAAACUGAUUCUGAUUGUAACCAGUUUAGAUGGACAACUUUCUUUAAAAAUCUAUAUAAAUACUCAGGUCGUCCGGAUAAUUAUAGUGAUACUACUCUAGUGAAAGUACAGAGCAUGGAUUAUAUUAAGGACAUUUGCUCAUUCAUAAAAGAAAACGAUCGAAGGGAUAUGUAUAACUUAAUUAUUUGGAAUGCUUUGCUAAGUCAUUUAUCUGAGGAAAAUAAAAUAGUUGCAAGUAUUAUUGAAAACAUAUUUCAAUCUUCUUCCAAGAAAAAUGUUUCGAUGAGAACUUCGAUGAAAUGGGAAUCUUGCAUUGAAAAUAUGCCACUUGUACUUGAUAUUGGCUUACAAAGUCUACGGCUAAAAUAUGACUAUGAUAAUAUUAAUGAGAAAAUAGCAAAGAUAGCAAAUUAUACGAUAGAGAUAAUGAAUAUCGCUGAUGAAACUUUCGCCAAAGAAAAGUGGUUGGAUGAUGAUAGUAGGAACUUCACUAGAUUCAAAGUUAAAAAUAUGGGAUAUGAAAUUGGAUAUGACGAUGUAUUGCUAAAUGAGACAUUUUUGAAUAAAUUAUUUGACUUGAUAAAUGUCACAGAUAUUUAUAUUCAGAAUACUUUUGAGGCCAAGAAGUUUAUGUUUAUUGAUUCUUUCUUUAUGGGAAACUUAUCUAAAGCUCUAGAGGAUGAAGGUAUUAUAUAUCCAUAUGUAGCCAAUGCCUUUUUUAUGCAUUCAGGAGAAGACGAAUAUAUAGUAAUACCUUUAGGAAUUUUACAACCGCCAUUUUACGCCCACAAAGCUCCUAAUUAUCUUAAUUAUGGAGCAAUUGGUUCCGUUAUUGGUCAUGAGAUUUUUCAUGGAUUCGAUAGACUAGAUGUUAAAAGUGAUGACGACGACGACGACUACGAAUCACCUAUAAAAAUAGAUUGGCCUGAAAAUUUUCUAGAUGAAUACAGAAGAAGAAAAGAAUGUUUCAUUAAACAAUAUUCGGAAUAUCCUAUAGCUGAAAACGUUACUCUUGACGGAAACUCGACAGUUUCCGAAAACAUUGCCGAUAACUGUGGACUCUUUCAUUCCUUUUGGGCAUAUGAGAGAUAUUUAAAGAAACACGGCGAAGAGCCGAAACUUCCAGGACUUGACUUUACUAAUAGACAGAUGUUCUUCAUUAGAGCAACUCAGAUGGAAUGCGAAAAAGUAUAUAACAUGAAAGAAGAAUUCAGUUCUACUUCUCAUAGUCCAGGAAUAUACAGAUCUCUUGGUCCUUUACGGAAUUUCCCGGACUUCUCAAAAGCGUUUAAAUGUCCUAAGAACAGUUUCAUGAAUCCUGAAAAUAAAUGCACAUUAUUUGGAUAAAAGGACAUAAAAUUUCACACAUUAAAAAUAUAUUAUUAUAUGACAUAUUGAUAUUUUAGUUAGUCUUUUAAACAGAAAUAAAAAUAGCUUACGUAUUUAUUUAAUUAAGAGAAAUAUUAAAAUCUUUUGGAAUAUUAUUGGAUAGUUAUAGUGGUUUUUACUUAAGAAGGGUAAAAUUCAUACAAUUAGAUUUCUUCCCAUAGUUUUAUAAAAUAUUAAAUUUUAAAAAUGUGUACAUACAUUAUUAUCUCGUUAAUAAAAUACAGGCGGUCCGUAAUUAAACUUGACAUUUCUCAGCUGGCUACAGCUAAAACAAGUCAUCAGAAAGCUAUGAAAGUUUUUGAGAAUGCCUUAAUGAGAUAGAUGAUGGGAAUUUUUUCUAGUGCAAAAACAAUGUAGUUUCAAAAACCACAACUAGAGAACGUGUUAUAGCUUUACACAGGACGCAAUAAUAAGCUGAGCUACACAACUUAUCUGUCUAAUGUGAACAAAAUAUAUUCAAAACAUAAUGGCCACCACUGUCUGUUACCAUCUGAAAGCGUAAAACAGCAUGUUCAACAGUUGCAUACAGUGUAUGACUAAGAACGUGCUAUGCUGUUAUUAAGGUCUGACAGCGAGGUUAUGGAAUCACUGUAAACCCAAGUGUUUGAGAUAGCCCCAGAGCCAAAAAUCGCAUGGAUUUAAGUCUAGGGGUCUUACAGGUAAAUAUGCCAGUAUUAUAGCUUAAAAACGCCGUCUAGUGGUGGCUUUUCAAACUAACAUUUUUUGCUUUAGAAAAAUUUCCAUCAUCUCAUUAAAGCAUUCCCAAACUUUCAUGAUUUUCUGGUGAAUAGUUUUUGCUGUAGCCAGCUGGGAAAUAGCAAGUGUAAUUUAGGACACCCUGUAUAAUAUAUUUAAGGAUUAUACAAAAGCUUUGUAAAUAACAAAAUACAAAUUUAAAAAAUAAAAUUGUCAGUAAUAAACACUUAUAUGCACUUUACAGUAUGUUGAUUUGUAUUGCAUAAAAAUUAAUAAAAUACUUUAUUUUAUUAAAUAAAACUAUUAUGUAUAUACAUGAUUUUAAACCACAAUACCGUAUAUUAAUUGAACAAUCUUGCAUGUCAUAGAUUUAUAGAUAUAACUUAAAGGGUGUUCAGUUUAAUAUUUAUCCAGGCUCAAAAGAGAUCUCUUCAGCAUUGCACGAGUAUUUGCAUAUUAAAAUGCAUUAGUUCCACUGAGAUGUUUAUAGUAAAAUAAAUUCGUUCAAGCAAAGGACAUCCGUAAAUCGCGCUGUAAUUUCAAUGCAAUAUAUAAAUUUUCCCAUCUCUCUGGAGUGUGUGGAAAUCAUCUUCUGAAGAUUUCGUACAAAACACAUACU